GAAGAUAUGUUCAGACCAUCCGGCAACAACAGUACAUCAUCCAGCACACGUGAGAAGAAUUGUGUAAAUGUAAAUUCCUCCUCGAACGAAGGAGUCUAAAGUUAUUUUAGGAUUGCGACUUUGUGUAACUGUACAAGAGCACCCAGUGGACGUCACGCCAUGCUUUAACUAAGCGUAUACGUUCUAGUUAGCUGUACAUUUACCCAGUGACUGGGUUAGCAUUAUCCCACCAGAAAACCAAAGUUGCAGAUCCUCCCUCUGUUAUCAACAAUACUAGGGUACAAUGCUUGCUAACUGUCGUUGUCGUUGACAAAAUACGAUCGAGCUUGUUAUGUGCUAAGACUUGUAGGCAUAGUUAACGCUGUUGACAGAGACAUGACUCGCUGGGCAAGAGCCAACAAUGUCCACAAACACAAGCCUGCGGAAGCAACCCCAUGGAGCAAACUCAAAGCUGGUGCUGGGGAUGGGUCGAAUGCUGCGGGCACGAGUUCCAGUGGUGCCCAAGGAUCUUCUAAACAAAACCCAGGCAAAGGAGCAUCUUCGUCGCUGAGGCGCACCCAGCCUGUUCAUGGAAUUAAAAAGGCAAAGAAGAAGGAUUUCUGCGAUGAGGAUGUGAAUGGUUUCUUGGAUUACCUGAAGCAGGCAGGGCAGCCUGGAGGAGACGGUCAGAUUUUCGAGCCUGAGUUCACUGAAGAGUUGAAUACUGCCCUCAAAAAGGACAGGAGGCGAGAAGAUAGGAGACUGAAGAGGCAAAGUGUAAAGAAGAACAACAUGGUGUGUUUCAACUGCAGGAAGCCUGGGCAUGGAAUUGCAGACUGCCCCGAGGGCGAAAGAGAUGUGGAGAUGGGACACGACAUCUGCUACCGCUGCGGCUCCUCCGAGCAUGAGAUAUACAAGUGCAGAGCCAAAGUGGACCCUGCCCUUGGUGACUAUCCAUAUGCCAAGUGCUUCACUUGUGGCCAAACAGGUCAUCUCUCCAAGUCAUGCCCAGAUAACCCCAAAGGACUCUAUGCUGCUGGGGGCUGCUGUCGGAUGUGUGGCUCCGUUGAGCACUUCCAGAAAGACUGUCCUCAGCAUCAGAAUUCAGCCAACUCCUUCACGAUCAGCCGCCUGUCCAACAAUAUGAGUGCCGACCAUGAGGACAUCCACGUUCCUGUUAAGAAAGCACAGCCCAAAGCUAAACCAAAGGUGGUUGUAUUUUAAUGGGCAGCAAAUGGAUCUGACCCAUGUGGAAAAAAUAUAUAUAAAGACUAGUGCUUUUUUGUAGACAUUCUUUCUAUCGACCAAAGUUACAUGUGCACAAAGAUGCACAGGUGCUACUUUGUGUUUGAAGAUCUUGUCAGAAAGCAACACGUGUGGAUAUUUAUGUGCCAUUAUCAGCUGUUUGAAUCACCAGAUGUUUUUGAAAUUUCCAAAAUGAUGGCGCAUCAUUUUUUGAGGGUGUGCCAUACUGGUAAUUCUUGAAUCUGAUUGCAAUUCUGUCAAUAUAGAAGAGUUCACAAUAAUAAAUAUGUAUUCUAACAAAGAA